AGCACGUAGAUAGCUCACAUGUCGUAAAGUUGUAAAUAUUUUAAAAAUACUUAAGACAUAUUUUUAUUGCUUUUAUAAAGAGAUACAUUAUAAAAAUUCACGAUGAGCGUCAGUGACAGCGUAUUGGAAGGCAUCGGUAAGGUACUGAACGAUCCACAAAGGCCAAUGAAAGAGCGUUUUCGGGCACUGUUUACUCUACGUAACUUGGGUGGAGAAACUGCAAUAAAAUGUAUCAGUGAAUGCUUCAAAGACGAGUCAGUGCUGCUUAAACACGAGCUAGCUUAUUGCUUAGGUCAGAUGCAGGAUAAGAGAGCAAUCCCAAUUCUGAGGAGUAUUCUGGAGAACAAAAACGAGGAUCCCAUAGUUCGACACGAAGCCGGUGAAGCAUUAGGUGCAAUAGGUGAUCCAAACCUCCUGGAACUUCUGGAGAAAUACCAGCAUGAUCCAGCAGUAGAAGUAGCAGAGACUUGUCAGAUUGCCCUACAAAGACUCAACUGGAUAUCCAAAGAUGAUUCAAAAGACAAGUUAUCCAGAAGUAAAUUUGCAUCAAUAGAUCCUGCCCCUCCGAGUGCAGAGGAUAAUGUGGAGAACUUGAGACAAAUACUGAUUGAUGAGAGCAAAACAUUGUUUGAGAGAUACCGAGCAAUGUUCAGUUUGAGAAACUUGGGAACCACUGAAAGUAUUAAUGCAUUGGGAGAAGGUUUCAGAGCGAGCAGUGCCCUUUUCCGUCACGAGGUUGCAUUCAUUUUUGGUCAGAUGCAGGACGAGCGUAGUGUGCCUUUCCUCAAGAAGACAUUAGAAGAUGUCAACGAACAUGAGAUGGUCCGACAUGAAGCUGCUGAGGCGUUGGGUUCCAUCGCCACUGAGGAAUGUACAGAAGUUUUAAAGAGGUACCUACACGAUCCACGGCCAGUAGUACGCGAGAGUUGCGAGGUGGCGCUAGACAUGUCGGAGUAUGAGAAUAGCCCGGAGUUCCAAUACGCCAACACCCUGCUCACAGUGCAGAGUUAGUUUGGCCGCUGGACGAUAGAUGGCGCUAUUACACAAUGCAUUAUUUAUAUUCAAAAUUCCUGAGUUUUGCUGAAUAAUAUUUUUUAUAUUAUGA